AAAUCUUCUUGUAUGAGUUCCAUUUAAAUUGUGUAGUGCAAAUGAACAGAAAUUGAUUGAACAACACCAUUUUAUAAAUUCAUUUAUUUUUGCCUCUAGUACUGAAUCUGCUGCCUCUUUUAUUGCAUUAAUUGUAUUUCUUGUUUCUUUGCUUAUCUCUCACGGUUUACUUACAGGCCGAACCCUAGAAAUGGUUUACAAUUUGCUACUGUUAGUAAGACCAGAAUGUGCAGAUCAUUUUGGCUAAAUAGUAACAUUGUUAGGUAAAGUAUCUGGUGUUGAGGCCAAAAUAAACUGACUGUCUGUGGUGUGCUACAUAUUUUCAGAAGAGCUGAGCAGCUUUAAAGGAAGGAUCUGGCACUCGUCUGAGGGUUAAAAUGUAAAGUCCAGGUAUUAUCUCUAUGUGGGAUCAGGAGGGAGGGACACAGGUGAAGUUCAGAACUUCAUAUGUGGCAGCAGCGCAGUGCUUUUGUUCACUGUAUGCUGAAGAACAGCUCUUGUUCUGACUGGUGUCUAAAGCAAAGAUGGCUACAUGUCACUGGAUUCUCCUCGUGUGUCUCAUGCUGAAAGUCUGUCAGAGGGCUGCCGCACUGGAUCGGGAAGACUGCAGCGGCUCCCCAGAAGACAGAUGUGAUUUUGUUUGUGACUGUAAAGACUGUAGUGAUGAGCAAGACUGUGGUUAUCGAGGACGAGAGUUUGUGUGUGAUUUUGAGCACGAGGGGAAGUGUGGAUGGACUGAGAAGUCAGAAGAAGGUGUGUACAUGUGGCAGAGACAGCAGAGAGGAAACACUCUCCCUGACAGUGGGCCGUCCUCCGACUACACCACUGGCACUUCCACAGGCUGGUUUAUGGCAGUGACAGCUGUGACUUCAGAUGCCCCGAAAACUGCUGUGCUUGUGUCCCCUAUAAUAAAACAUUCCUCUCCUACUUGUCGCCUUCGGCUCAGAUACUUCAUCUGGGACUCAGGUUACACUGGGCUGGGUGACACCCCUCUGUGGGGGUCAGUGUUGCAAACUGAUGGCGAGGAAGCUGUGGUUUGGAGGCCAGAGAGCUCCAGCAUCCGAGGCUGGAGGGAGGCCACCAUUUACCUGGGCCGUAUCCCAGGCCCUUUCCACAUCCAGCUUCAUUCCAGACGCAGUAAAGGGAAACAGGGAGAUGUGUCCGUCGAUCACAUGGAAUUUCUAGAUUGUGCCCUGCCAGUUCCCCCUGAAAGUGGAACAUGCAUUCCUGGUUUUGUGACGUGCAAGCGGGAGGGAUGUGUGGAGGACUAUAAAGUGUGUGACGGCACGGAUGACUGUGGUGAUGGAACGGAUGAAGAGAACUGUGAGCAGAACAUGAGCUGUGACUUUGAGGAUGAUCUUUGUGGAUGGGACAUAAGGACUAUAUCAUCCUUGAAAUGGACAAGGACAAAUCAGAUGAAUAUAUCACUUUCUGAGCCUCGAAAAGGACCUGGUAGAGACCACUCAACUAACACGAUGACGGGACAUUUCUUAUAUGUAACCAAGCCGGAAAUCCUGAAGGAUGAUUGGACGUCUUUUCAAAGCCCUCCCCUGGCACCAACCAAUGACACACAUCCUUGCCGGAUGAUAAUGUACACACAUCAGUUUGGCCGAGUGUCGGGCGGACUGUCUGUGUUGGUGGCCGGGACGGAGAUUUAUCCUGUGUGGGAACGUGGAGGUGCUCUUGGGGACUUGUGGGUAAAGGCUGAGGUGGAGUUUGUCGUCAAUAGCACGUUCCAGAUACUAUUUGUUGCUGCCAUUCGAGACCAUGCUUAUGGAGGGAUCGCUAUUGAUGAUAUUGUGUUGUCCCCUGAGUGCAUCUUAUCCAAUGAAUCAAUGCCCGAUCCAGUAUUUCCAAAGCCUCCCGCUAAACCUUGCAUAGAGGACAGUCUGAAAAUCUGUGACUUUAAAGAGGACUGUCCUGCUGGAGAAGAUGAAGCUCAGUGUGGGGACUUCUCAUAUGAGAUGGGAAGCUCUGGCUGGACAGAUACUAGUAUAGGGAGCCAGGCCUGGGAGCUAGAAGAGUAUAAUGACACCUUCAUUCAAGAAGAGUUCCUGUUUGUGACUGGUGCUCCUGGGCAGCAGUUAAGUGAAGCUCAAACUCGUACCCCUCUCCUGGGUCCGUCAGGUCCAGGGUGCACCCUUCAGUUCUCCUACAGUCUCAGUGGCAGUAACCCACACAUAGGUAAACUGGCAGUGUAUGUUGUAGACAGUGUGUUUGGGACUCAUCCUGUGCUGUGGGAGUUUACUGGAAGGACCAAUGAGACGGCAGAGACUUGGCUAAAGGAGGAAGUGUAUGUUGGAGCAAGAGAUAAUCGCUUUCAGUUCGAGUUCAUGGCCCGUUCUGAAGAGCUCUCCCCAAGUAACCAGAUUGCAGUGAAGGAUGUGUACUUUGUUUACUGUUCUCCUCUGUAUAUCCCCUCUGGUGAUGUAUCAUGUAAUUUUGAGGUAAAUUUGUGCGGGUGGUACCAGGACCAAACAGAUAAUUAUGACUGGAAGCUUCAUACUGGAAUGGACCACACUAUCCAUGUUGGUAGGAGUCUGGUGGUGGAUAUGUGGGACACUUCAUUGCGAGGUCUUUCUGGACGUCUCCUCUCAAUCAGACAGUAUAGUAACACAGAGCACUGUCUGUCCUUCUACUACAAACUCUACGGGCCAAACACAGGCACUCUCAGUGUAAAGCAGCUAUUUGCUGAUGGCUCAGAAGAGCUGUUGUGGAUGCGCAGCGGUGCCCAUGGUAACGUCUGGCAUGAGGGCCAUUGCCCUGUGCCUCCUCAGCUCUCUGCUUUCCAGCUGGUGUUUGAGGCGACUCGCUCUGGUUUUGAUGGUCAGUUGGCGUUAGAUGAUGUGGCGUUUGUGACGGGACCAUGUUCUUUGCCCACUAUGUGCUCGUUUGAGAGUCAGACUUGUGGCUAUACCAGUUCAGAAAAAGCCAGGUGGAUACACCAGAGCUGGGCAUUACACAAAACUGGACCCGAGACCGACCACAGCCUGGAAACAAAAAAGGGGUUCUACAUGCUGGCCCACAGCGGUGUGGAUGUCCUUCCCCAGGGCAGUGUGACCACCUUGACCUCACCUGUGCGCAGAGGUUUGACUCACACCGAAUGUGUACAAUUCUGGUACCAUACAGGAGGAGAAAAGCCAGGCACGCUGAAUGUCUAUGUGAAGCCAUCUGAUGGAGACAUGAUACAGAUAUUCUCCAGCAGUGUCGGGCAGGGACAUGCCUGGCGUCAUGGCCAAGGGAACAUCAGCUGGCAUGGGGACUGGCAGCUGCAGUUUGAGGUGAAGGGUGAAGGAGGCUUAUUGAGUUUCAUUGCCAUUGAUGACAUCACCUACUCGACCCACAGCUGCCCCACACCAGAUAGUGUCUGUGAUUUCGAGAAAGGUUUCUGUGGUUGGUCCAACACUCAGAAGGCAUCUGUAGACUGGUUAGACUGGGACCUGACCAGUGCGCAAGCUGAGAUGUUCUACAGCACACCAGCAUAUGACCACACACUGUACACAGAAGAAGGACACUUCCUGGUCCUUCCUAACUCCCAACGGGACACCGCUACUCGGAAUGCCUGGCUGCUGAGCCCUCACCUGGCACCAACCAAAGGAACCUGCCUGAGCUUUUGGGUUUAUCAGCCAACCAUAUAUGACAGCAAACUCAUAGUAUGGAGGCUGUCUGAAGUAUCCAAACAAGAAUUACUGAUGCUGUAUGAGGGAGGUGGAAACUGGAAAUACUUUAGUGUCAAUAUCACCUCAGAAACCGAGUACCAGAUUGUACUAGAGGGAAUUAAAGGAGAGAAGGGUUUCCUUGCCCUGGAUGACAUACGGUACACGGUUGGGGUGAACUGUACUGGGCAGAAGACUGACCAAACCUCAUCAUCUGACAACACAGGAACCAUUGUGGCCUCUGUUGUAUUCGUCAUUCUGCUCUUACUGAUUCUCGCUGCCUUGUUUGUGUUCUACCUGAAGACUAAACAUAAUGCCAAUGCCUCAAUAGAGGGCUCAAACGGAUCUCAUGUAAGCUGCACUGGCUUUGGCAAUCAACUGUAUGGUUCUGGAGAUACUGAACAUUUGGAGGAGGUGCAUGAGAAUGCAGGGCCGUAGGAGGUUAUUGUGGUGACUGCGCCACCAACUGGCAGCCUUCAAGCAAAACGGUCGACAUCACAGCAGGAGAAAUGCUUGUGUCGUCAUGGCAGGACUAGCCCGGUCCUAACACAUGCAAAACCACGCCCAACAUGCUAACACUGAUGCUAACCAAAAGAUACAGAGUUAUCUUCACUAUGAGUGAAAUCUAGGGGUAAAAUAAUUCAUAAGUCUGCGUCUUACAAUUACUUAUUUUACUCAACUGGUAAUAAAGUCUAUAUUCCAUCACAGGAUAAAAAUGGCAUUAUCCAAACAAGUAAUCCAAUUCAAUGCAAUUUAAUAUAUGGUAUACAAUAAACAGAACAGCCUUAGAGGUUGUGGUAUUUGAUGUCCA